AGUGAUGUUUCCUCAAUAGUACCUUCUUUACUCAAGCUGAAGUCUUUCUUCUGUUGCCUUCAGCGUGAGUGGAAAAAGACAGUGGCCCAGCAGGAAUCCAUCAGGCAAGAGUAUUGCAGAAAAGCCUGGACAGUCAUGGUGCUGAAAGAAAUGAAGCCAUUUGAAUUUGAGACCCAAGAAGGAAAACAAUAGAUGUUUCACACUGCAGUGGCUAUGGAGAGUGCGCUCUUUUAUGUAAAAGUUUUCAAUAAAUAGCUGAAGGAUAAAUUCACUCCAAAAAUUAUGAUAUCAAAAUAUUAUUGGCAUAGUUGUUUCCUGGAAGCAAAUAGUGCCUCCAUUGUGUGUGAUGUUGAAUCUGACCAACAGAUCAGUGUCCCACAGCACAUUAUCAGAAAACCUGGUGAAACCCCCAAAGAUCGUAAGCUUCAAACUCAGCCGCAUAAAACAAUUGUGAAUAGGCUGUUUGUAGUCCAGAAGGUAAUUAUAUAUAAUUUUAUGUUGAUUAAUAGGAAUUGUUUAUUCUCCUCUAUAAGCUUGGAGAGACUUUAGAAAUUCAUUUCAAAAUAUUUUUAUAGGGCUUCCCUGGUGGCACAGUGGUUGGGAGUCCACCUGCCGAUGCAGGGGACGCGGGUUUGUGCCCCGGUCCGGGAAGAUCCCACAUGCCGCGGAGCGGCUGGGCCCGUGAGCCAUGGCCACUGAGCCUGCGCGUCCAGAGCCUGCAUGUCCGGAGCCUAUGCUCCGCAAGGGGAGAGGCCACAGCAGUGAGAGGCCCGCGUACCGCAAAAAAAUAUAUACAUACAUUUUUAUAGAGUGGACUUUCAAGAUGGCGGAGGAGUAAGACAUGGAGAUCACCUUCCUCCCCACAAAUACAUCAAAAAUACAUGUACAUGUGGAACAACUCCUACAGAACACCUACUGAAUGCUGGCAGAAGACCUCAGACCUCCCAAAAGACAAGAAAAUCCCCACAUACCUGGGUAGGGCAAAAGAAAAAACAGAGACAAAAGAAUAGGGAUGGGACCCACACCUCUGAGAGGGAGAUGUGAAGGAGGAAAAGUUUCCACACACUAGGAAGCCCUUUCACUGGCGGAUACGGGGGGUGGGUUCCGGGGGAGAAGCUUCAGAGCCACCGAGGAGAAUGCAGCAACAGGGGUGCAAAGGGCAAAGUGGAGAGAUUCCCACACAGAGGAUCGGUGCCGACCAGCACUCACCAGCCUGAGAAGCUUGUCUGCUCACCCGCCAGGGAGGCUGGGGGCUGGGAGCUGAGGCUUGGACUUCGGAGGUCAGACCCCAGGGAGAGGACUGGGGUUGGCUGCGUGAACACAGCCUGAAGGGGGCUACUGUGCCACAGCUAUCAGGGAGGGAGUCCGGGAAAAAGUCUGGAGCUGCCUAAGAGGCAAGAGACCAUUGUUUUGUGGUGUGUGAGGUGAGAGGAUUCCUUCCCUGUCUUCCCACAGAAGGCAGAGCACCACCUAAACAAGCUUCAGAGAUGGGCAUGAGCUGCAACUGUCAGCACAGACAGCAGAGACGGGCAUGAAACGCUAAUGCUGCUGCUGCAGUCACCAAGAAUCCUGUGUGCAAGCACAGGUCACCACACACACACACACACACACACACACACACACACACACACACACACACACACACACACACACACACACACACACACACACACACACACACACACACACACACACACACACACACACACACACACACACACACACACACA